GCUCUUUAUAUCGCUCAUGCUCGCCAUGAUCGCACUGUUGAUAUCCGACUGGCCUAAGUAUGAUCAGCAAUUUAAGCCAGGCAGCUACUUCGUGUUGUCCUACCUGUUGUCAAUAGUCACCCCCAUAUUCUUUGUCGCUUGGUCCCUACAUUGUUUCAUAUUUGCGAUGUUGAUAGCCUCUCAAACCAUGGUCUGCCAUGUCGUCACUGCGCUCUGGAUGGUCACAUACAUUGAGACAAUAUUGAUGGAAACUGCGUGGAAGUAUGCGGCAAGCCUCAACCACGCUAGAUAUCGCCAGUAGUGUGACGCUCAUGUAGAGUACGACCAAUAUAUCAAAAAUCACAAUACAUUCAUACAUGG